UUCCUCUUCCUCUGGCCUCCACUCAUAAUGUGGAAGCUCAACAAGAGCGGUAAAGUUCUCCUGGAUGAUUCACCAGAGGAAGAAGACAGCCAUCAGCAGGAAACGCCAUCUCCACCAUCUCCAGCAGGCACCUUUUCGGCUCAGACUAAGAACAAGGAUUCAUGUCUUCAGGAUGAAGUAACAUCUUCUGUUUCACAACUCGCAACAAAGGUUCAAGGUGCAGGCUUUCGGGGUUGGAAAGAAGUAACCUCCAUAUUUAAUAAAGAUGAUGAACAACAAUUAUUAACAGGAUGCAGAUCUCCAAAAUCUAAAGGAACAAAUGUGAAACUUAAAGAAGAUUUGAAAUCAGAAAAGAAAGGUGGAUUUUGGGACAGCUUGGUGAUAAAACAGAACAUCCAUUCCAGGAAGCCCGAUGAGAUUGAAGGGUGGGAACCUCCCCAGAUUCCUGCCAGCGACCACCUCAAUGAUGCAGAAAAUACUCUAAGUGACUCUUCAUCUUGGUCAGGCUGGGAAGAUGAAACCAAAGGCUCAACAAAGUACACAAACCUGGCAAGCUCAGGGAAUAGUUCAAGGUGGAGCAUUAAGUCAGCUGGAAGGUUGGUCAGCAUUAGGCGACAAAGCAAAGGUAACCUUACUGAUAACUGGGAAGAACUAGAAUGAUAUAAAGGAUUAGUUAUGACAAAGUGGAGCAUUUCGGCUUCAGUGUAUUCCAUGUUUUUCUGCAAGAAUAGCCAGUCUGAAUCUGGGAUGCGUGGGUGCAUGCAUUUCUAGAAUACAUCUAGAAUACUAUGAACUUGUUCCACAAGCGCUAGCACCAACCAGAAUAGUUGGAUCCACCCAGUCCACAGGAAAAAGUGAAAGUUUUGUUCUGCAUGCAUCUGCAAAAGAUGUGGAAUGUUCUAAAUAUUGUUUUAAGUUAGAUGAGUUAUGUACGUACUUAAACCAAAUCAAAACACUGCAUCUUUUUACAGAACUGCAUUAUUCAAAUUCUUUAAUAGUUGACUCAUUGGUUUCUUAGACCUCACUGAACGAAGUUCAACACCAACUUUGUGCCUACAAUUUCCACAUUCACACUGUCUGUCAUCUUGAGUUGCUCUUUAAAAAC